AAUAUUAAAAGCCAGUAUAAACCGAUGAGGUUCGUUUGAUAUAAAUUUCCCCGCCCAAGUCAAAUUUUUCUAUUCGUUUCAAGAGUAUAAGCAACAAACAGCAAUGAAGACGAUACUUGUAAUUUUUUCCCUUGUUUCCCUAGUUUCUGCUGAGCUAGAGGUCAGAGAUUUGGAAAGUCUCGUUAAACGAUUAGAAUAUUUAGAACUUAAAGAACAAUACGAGGAGAUUCUAAAGAAGGGUGCUAGCAUAUCUGAAAUCCGUAACAAAUUCCAAAGUCUUCCCAGUGACGCUGACCAAUGCCAAAAAAUCCGCUAUUUGGCUUUACUUUUCUCCGGUUCGACCUGUAAAUCUUCUGAUAAUACACGCUGUACUUGCAAAUGUGACAGAUACAACGAUGUCACUCUAGACAAGAGAGCUUACUACAGUGGCUAUUGUAGCAUUUUGAACCAAGUCGCCAAAAGUUCAUCUGGCAAAUUUUGCGUUGACCAAGACAAGAGAAAGUGUUGGUGUGUUUGUCAGUAA